CUCUUUUACAUGAAUACACCUCUUGAAGAAAACUUUUUGAAAGACACCUCAUCUCACCCAUCAAAACAAACUUUUCCCUUUGUUCCUUCUAAAACUGCACACGUGCAAGUUUUCUAUCACCCCCCUCUCCCCUGCACAAGACGCAACCUAAACUUAAUCCAUUGCAUUUCCCGAAUUGUUGCUUUCCCGAACAGCUACCCCGAAAAAAAACGCCUGUAUGUUCUGUGUGUCAAAAACAAAAACGGGUCAAAUCAAUCGUACCAUCCGCCAUUCCCACCACCAUUACCAGGCCUUUGCUUUCCCCUUUGCUGGGCAUGUGCGCUCACACAUUGGGACACCGUGCUUGCCGUGCCCAUUUCCUAUCGAUCUAACAACUUAACCCAGCGUUGAGCUGGGCACGGAUUCCGGGAUUCGAGUGUUUUGGGAAGCCGUUGGGUACCGAGACACUUGCGUUCCAGCGUGCCACCAGUAUGGACGCGUACGAAGCAACCGGUUCGAGUGAAGAUCCCGAGGUCCGGCAGGCAUUUUCCGACAGCAUUCUUCACAUACUAAGGCCUCUUUCGGUGAUGGAGCUGCCCGGGAUCGGUUCCCGCCGUGAUAACGGUUGCGAUGCUACAGACAGUGCCCUAUCGGAACCAUUUUCUGAUCUGGACGAUUCCUACAUCCUGCUGGAUCAGCGCAAAAAGCCAGUGGGGAAGGAUGAAGGCGACGAUAUGAUGCUGCUGAAUCAGUUCACCUCCGAGUUCCGGGAGGUUUACGAUCAGCUAAUCGCAGAAAUUGACCACGAGCAAGAGGAACCAAUUCUACCCCCGGACAGUGAGCCAGACCUACCCUUCAGCGCCGAGAUGCCGUUUGAGGAUGCCGGUGGCUUCAGUCCACCCUUUCAGAGCUUCAUCGAUGAGAUGCUGCUCAAAUGUGACCUGAAGUACCAUCUGGACGAGAGGAAGCGGCAGCGCGAUCAGCAUCGCCGCAAGCAACGGCGGGUACGCAAAGCGCCACCGCCAGCUGCACCGAAGGACGCCCUGGAGCCGGCCGAACGUGACUCCCUGUCCGGGGUGUGGCGUAUGCUCGAUGCCGUGUCCGAACCGAACGGUUUCCCCAUCACCGAGGGCCAGUACGAUCUGUACGAGGACGAGCGGUUCGAGUGGUUGCUGCGCGAGCGGAUGCCCUGGCACCGGUUGGAAGUGUCGCGCAAGAAGUGCGAACAGUGGCUGAAGAUAGGCCCGAGCAGGGCCAAGCAGGCACAGGACGAGAAACGAUCCCGCCAAUCCCAUCGAUCAGCGGGCAGGCGGUGAGGUGGGGUGAAAGGACGGUGACAGCAUUGAUAAAAGUCAGUAUUCAACAUCCACAUGUGCCAUGGCGUGUCUGUGUGAAACGAUAUGACUGAAGACCGGUUCCGGAUCGAUCCAUUCAACAUGCAGCACUGCUUUCUAUUCGGUAUCUAAAUCGGAUUCCAUCUGCUUACGAGUUCCGAGAAGCUGCACAAUAGGAGAAAAGUGCACCAACAACAACUGCAAAAGAAAACACGAUGCACUUUGCCACAAGUCAACCCGGAUGUACUCUUAAAGGAUUAUAAUAAAAGAAAAUGUACCGUAUUUCAAUAGCUGGUUGGCGAUGAUGUGCUGCAUGGAUUGAUAAUAAUUCGAACGAAAGGAAGCAUACCCCGGUGCGAUAAAUUUGCGUUAUGCGUUAUCCAUGUAGCAUCUACUCAAAGGAUUCUG